GAGAACGAGAUGAAGGGAAUUCUCGGCUACACUGAGAAGGCUGUGGUGUCGAGCGAUUUCAUCGGCGACUCGCACUCGUCGAUCUUCGAUGCUGAGGCUGGCAUUGCUCUGACCGACGACUUUGUGAAGCUUGUGUCUUGGUAUGACAACGAGUGGGGUUACAGCUCGCGUGUGCUGGACCUGAUCGAGCACAUGGUCAAGAACGAGUAAGUUUGCAUUGAUGGUGUUGCUACGUUCGACUUGAAGUAUGUGCUGGUGCGUUAGAUGAGUGCACGCCAGCACUCUAGAGAUUUGUGUCGUGCGGAGUUGCAUACGGCCCCCUUCUUAUCAGAGCAGCGUCGACAAGUUUGCUGUUGUCUGUAUCAAUAGAAGUAUGAAACUCA